GUUUUGCAGCCCGUUACGUAACCGAACAGUUCGAAACUAUCUAUAAAUUGGUAUUGAAUAAACGGGCGGCGACAAAGGAGAGAGGUGAUUCGCAAACAGGUCCUUAUCUGGAGUAGGGAAGUUGCACAAGUCGUAGCAGAAAGGCUCGGUUCUCGCCGGGCGAACCGGGGUGUGUAACGAUGCCACCCCCGUGUAGUACGCCAAUGCCCUCAGACACCCCCGAUAUUUCUGUUCCCUGUCCUUGUUCUAAUGGCAGAGGCGAUCAGCGUAGCAGGAACAAUAUAUCGGGCGCAUGCCCGUCGGCAUAGUCAAUGAAUGAAUUUAGUCCAUUUCGACUCCCCGGAUCCUAUCAACGUAAAUAACAGCAGGACCAACAAUUCAACUGACCCGCAGUGUGUAAUAAUCGGACAUUAACGUUGCGGACGUCGGUUAUGAUGUUUGCGUGGUGAUGACCGUGUCGGGCCAGCGCUGAGUCGGAUUGAUCCGUGUGUUACGAUAUUUCGGGUGGCGAUCCGUGCCUCCCCGUGCAUUUUGCAGUUUCAUAUGUGCGCACUUUUACCUGUACAGACCCUCGACGUUUCUUGUUUUUUUAUUUUAAUUAACCCCAUCCAGACGUAAGGGCAUCGGAAGGCGCGGUUCAUCCCUCGUUCGCUGAGUGCCGGAGUGCCGAAUGUGUGCGGCGUGCUGAGUGUCCGUUGGAAAAACGUUCAAUUUUCCGUUGUUAUUUGCGAUUUUCCCUAGUCAAUAAGUGAGGGUGUGUCGGCCGUUCUUGAGGCAAUGUUGACCUAAAUAUUGUCAUUAACCGGGAUCGCUGCUUUAAACCUACGUGUUCAACAAAUGUCGCUUUAAGUGGAGGUUUCGCCACGAUGAGUUCUUCGCUGACGAAAAUGGAAGCGAGGAAUUUCAAGUUCGCACACGUUGCAACGCCGCCAUGGCGCUGCUAAUGCGACGUCUACUCGUAGACGCUCAGGCAAAGCUUCGCAGAAUGGUAGAGGAACACUCUACAAACCUAACCUCUCGGAUAGACUCCGACUACCCCAACUCGAUACCUUCCCCGCUCCCGACCCCCGCUUGUGUCGUGCAGGAAUUGAAACAACAGACGGACGCCACCAUAAUCGGCCAGGUCGACGUGAAUUUUGUGAAGCCCCCGCUCGCCGCUAAUACGGAACCGCCAGCUUGCGAACUAGAUGUUAAAUGUGUAAACGAUCCGAAGAAGGACGCGAAACAAACGUCCACGGAGUCCAAGAGAACCAAGCCACUGUGCAACGCCAACUCUGUGGACUCCAAUGAAGAAGCCGGCAAGAAAACUAAAACUAAUACUGUGAAAAUUGAGGACAAAAACCCUGACAAUAAGGAGGCGACCAUGACUAUUGAAGAGAGUGUCAGCCCGAAGAAUGACAGCAGAUCAUCGCCGGAGAAUCAACGCUCCGAGUCCCCGAAGCCUGGUUGCAGCAGCCAACCAGAUCUAGAUUCAUCGUCGCCAAGGUCGGCAAGAAGUUCGGAUGGCAACAGAGAUGAUUUGUCGGCGUUGCUGCCGUCGCCGUCGAAUUACCCGAAAUCUGCGGCGGCGGUCAGACGUCUCAAGUUGGAGAACGAACGUUUACAUGCGGAGGUAACACGGUUGCGACGGCUGGUUGUGACGGGCGCUACUUCCGUGCUGGCGGAAAGGAAAGCGCCAGAAGGAGGCGAUCCCUCGUCCGUCAAUCACGCUCUGGAAAUGGAGUUACAACUGGCGAAGGAAGCGCUUUUAACUUUAAAAUCGGACAAGAGGCGAUUAAAAGCGGAAAAGUUCGACCUGUUGAAUCAGAUGAAAGAACUGUACACCACUUUAGAAGAUAAGGAAAAGGAGCUUAGAGAUUUCAUCAGGAGCUACGGUCAAGUGAGAGAGAACGAUACGUCGCUUCAGCAGCUAUCGACUGAACGGGAGGAACGCGAAAGGGAACGCUGGAGUUUGUUGCGACAUGCCAGAGAUGAGGCGGAAAGGAGCUUAUCAUUGGCCGCACAACUCAAUGCCAAAGAAGUUCAAUUGCAACAGGCACAAGAACAAUUACAAGAGGCUCGCCGUCAGUUGGCAUCAAGUGGCUGUCUCUCCGAUCAGGAAUCUUUGGCGUCUCUGCCGAGGCACAGCAUGAACGGCGGCGCCUUGACACCAGGUUCUGGAGGUUUGUUGUCCGGCCACCACGGCCUGGGACUACUUCCAGGCGAUAGGGGCAGCUGCAGCGCCGAUUCAGGGGUACGAGUCAAUUCGGACAGGGAAAGCGGCGCCACUUCCGUCGCCGGAAACUUGUCUGACUCCACCACUGAUGGUACGCCCACUAUUACCGUAGAGGGUAGCAACAACAGAGAUUUAGAUACGAUUUCUUUGAUUUCCUCCGUUCCUCCGCCACAUAUUUAUCAAAUUGCAGGAAAAGAUAACAGCCCCACCUUAUCUCCUUUAAAUGCUAACACUUUCGCUCGUUCCAUGGAUUCUGGAUCACUCUCCAGAUCCGUUGAGCAGCUUAGCUCUCCGUUAGAGCCGGAGCCUCACAACUUGAGCCGAAGGAACAAACAAUCAAACAGACCGUCAAGUGGAAGAGGUGGGACUUGGGGUAGUAUUUCCAGAGUAUUCGCUAGAUCCAGACAUAGAAACAAGACCAAUUCACUUCAAGAAACUAGUGAACACAGCUACGAACCUUAUCGGAGCUGGUCUCCUUUAACCGAGGAAGGAUAUGCAGAGAAGCUCCGUCUGUUGCGCGAAGCCAGUUCCAUUCCGAUGGAAAGGUGGAGGGCUCCGACUGUUCUGGCAUGGCUGGAGGUCGCUCUUGGAAUGCCCCAAUAUGGGGCCAGAUGCGCCGAGAACAUCAAAAGUGGAAAGAUUGGUCCUUUGCAUGGUCAGGUCCUUCUAGAGCUGAGUGACUUAGAAUUGGAAUGCGGCCUUGGAAUCACGCACCCGAUGCACAGGAAGAAGUUGAGAUUGGCGAUCGAGGAGCAUCGUCAUCCAGCGCUCGUAAGAUAUCCUUGUAUCGCACAGCUGGGGCACACCUGGGUCUCCAGCGAGUGGUUGCCGGAUUUAGGUCUACCACAGUAUUCGGAAAGUUUCACUUCAAAUAUGGUGGAUGCACGGAUGUUGGAGCAUUUGAGCAAAAAGGAAUUGGAAAAAUAUCUGGGUGUUACUAGGAAGUUCCAUCAAGCUUCAGUAGUACAUGGAAUUCAUUUGUUAAGAAUUAUGAAAUACGAUAGACAGGCUUUAGCUGUACGAAGGCAUCAAUGUGAAAGUGUAGAUGCCGAUCCUCUCGUGUGGACCAAUACUCGAUUUAUUAGAUGGGCCCGUAGUAUUGAUUUAGGAGAAUACGCCGACAAUUUAAAAGACAGUGGAGUACAUGGGGGGUUGGUAGUUCUCGAGCCGUCAUUCAACGGCGAUACAAUGGCAACGGCUCUCGGAAUACCCGCAAACAAGAACAUAAUUAGGAGACACCUGAACGCCGAAUUGGAAGCGCUCGUGUUGCCGGCAAGAUCCACACUAGAGCACUAUGUACGAGUAAGGGCCAAAGGCCGCGGGGCCCCAGGAGUAUCCUUGGGACGAUCUUUUUCACGGUCUUGCGGAGGCUUAACCGCACCCCUCCAAAUUAACAAAGAUCAAACCAUCGUCGACUCACGAAAAGCCAGUAUCAAGGGUUCAUUAAGUCGCGCCCUAGGCCUAACGAAAAGCAAAUCCGAACGAGAACGCGAAAAACAAUCGCCCACAUCCAGUUCGGAGAGUUCGUCGGUGGUGAGCAGGAUCAGUCCGCCCCUUCUCUACUACCGGAACUCCAGAAACUCGGGUGAGGAGUCCCCGAUUUACGCACAACCAUUCGCCCACGCCCAAAACCUGUACCAAAGACGAUCGGAGGACUACGACACGUACGUUUGCAGUUCGAUCAGAUCGAUAGGCGAGUACGAUGUCACCAAAAGCGCCACGAACAUAAUGAAGCCUGACCAAAGAGACAACAUAUCAGCGAAAAGCGAAAAGUUUAAGAUGAUCAGUCACUUGAAGGGCGGCAGUCUGCACAGAAACAGGAAGCAGCACAGAAGAGUCAGGAGUAUUGGGGACAUAGACAUUAUUCACGUUGAAGCUGUGUAAUUUAUUCGGGGCUUAUUUUCAGACACGUGAUUUUGUGUUCAUUUUGAUAUUUGUGUUUUUAGGAAAUAACAAAGCUUCAGUCAGUGUAACGUUUUAUUCGAGUCAGUUUCACCGCAUCAUUGCAAUUGAUUUUAAGCAAUAUUUGCCAAUAAUGUAGGGUUUAUUUUAAGAAUCGAUUAUUCCGCUUAACUAAACGCUGAAUAAUUAACGUUCUUUGCUCAAUAGCGAUUUUAAUAAUUUUUCUUAAAACGUGUACACAUACUUAGGGAAAUGUAGCUUAUUAAACAUAAUUGCAUGGAUGAUCUAUUUUAACAUUGUAUUGUUAACAACACGGAUAGUAUUACAUAAUAAAAUUUCUCUAUAAAUUGAAAUUAUCUUUUGAAAUUUGUUUCUGAAAUUUGGCAAUACAAUAUUAAAUCAUUUCCAUUAAGAGUGAUAAAUUAAAUUUAAUUGUACGACAUGUAUUUAUAUCUACAAUUGUGUUACUGUGAAUAUUGUAUUGUGAAACUAUGUGUUAAAUUAUAAGACUUUGUAAUAUUUUUAAUAUACAAUUUGUGAAGCACGUCAAUUUUGUUUGGUCGUUGGUCGUUUUUAAUCGUUUUGAGCAUUAUUUAAUCAACUAUUUAUUCACCCAAUUCUAAUCAUUUUAAGUACCUUAUUAUUCAUAAUUUUGCUUUAAAUUUAUUAUAUUUAUUGUUGAAUGUUUUGUUAUACUCCCAUUCUUUUGAAAUAAAUUAUUUAUUCAA